AUUUCAUUCUGGCAGGGUAGCUUUCAUCGAAGUCGUUCACUUCGGCGUUGAGAAGUGGUUUGCAUCUUAACUGACCGCUGGCACAUUCUCCAAUGCAGCCAUCGGAACGAACAGUUUAGCUUGCAUUUUCAGCGCCAGACGUUUGCCGAUGAAAGCUUAGUGUCGCUAACCUACUCAGAGUUGCUCAUCUCAAUUGAUUAUUUGAAAACAAACUGA